ACAGUGAAUACUCUACCUGAGCGGUCGACGCGUGAUUUUCCUAGUCGUUCCAGUGUUGAUCGUGUGUUGAUGACAGACAGCGAAGCUCUCGAACGCCAUGCGAUGCGAAGACAGGCUUCUGUCGUGCUCGCAGGAGACAGAAAUAUUUGAUCAUGCCUCACGACCAGUCACUGUGCACUUACAACCUUUCUAAUCUUGCAGGAUACGGUUUGCGACGAUUGAAGUGAUAUUGUGCCGCCACGUCAGGUAGUUGGCACAAUUCGACCCCACAUCGACCUUCCACCACGACUGCCAGAACCUCGGGUGUCGCAAAACUCCUCCGCCAGCAUUGGUAUGCACCAUGUACCUCUGUUCUCGCACCUUGGCCACCGGAAGAAUUUUCUACUGGUGCACGGGUGGCAUCUUGGAAUAUGAUGGUGAAAGGAGGGGUGCAUAUCUUGGCUGUGGAGGAUCAACUGUUCACAUCGCUGAGGCAUGCGGCUCACUGUUUUCUACUUCAUGCUGGACGUCUGCAGGAACUCAGCCUCCGCCUUCGGAUACGUUUAGCAGCGGUCAUAGGGAGAGUGAACAGCUUCUCCGUCUUGGAAUCCUUGGAGCGGCCUUGGUCAUGGUGUUUUCCACCAUUGGAAAUGUUCGCUCUUGACUACUUGCAGCAUUAGGAUGCGCAUUGUGCAUGACAC